CACCUGUUGGGGCCUGCAGUUCUUGGGGCCUGCUGCUGGGGCCGGUGGUUGCCAUGACGGGCAGAGCGCGAUUAUCCUCUCGAGCCGAGCGAGCCGAGCUGGUGGCAUUUGUUGAGGCCCAACAUGCAGCGCUACUCCGAAAGUUGUCAGACAGUUUCGAGCCUCGAGACUGUCGAGACUCCGAAAAACUGGGACUUUCUGCGAUCAACCUAAAGGGUGAAGCAGAUCUGGACCCAAGAAGCAAAACGAAACUGGCCUUUGAAUCUGCCAUGACAGUGCAGCCCACAGCUCCCGGAAAUGAUAGUUAUCCAGACUUCGCGAUCGAAGAACUGUCGCAGUCGCUUGAGUCGGAGGUGUCCGAAGGCAGUGGUGUGGCAUCCGUUGUUGGUCGUAGAGCUUCCUGGAAAGAAGCUUUGGAAGUGGCCAUGACGCCGGGUUCGAUGUCGCCAAGGAGGCUGAAGGAUGUGCUGCUGAGUAAAGGUGACGCCGGCGAUCUCCAUCUCAAUAUAGAGCCAUACUUGGAAUCUGUGACUGUGAUAUUGGUCCUCUUGAAUGCCAUUGUCCUGGGCAUAGAGUAUCAGGUGGAAGGUGAAGUCGUUGGUUUGGCCUUACUUGAAGGCAAGGAGCCAACUUCGGUUGCUGCAAGCACUGCCAAUGUUUUUUAUUGGUUUGAUUUCAUCUUUGACUUCACCUUCCUGCUGGAGUGGGCCAUUUGUUUGUGCAUUGCCAGGAAAAGGUUCUGCUUCACGGUGGAGCUCGUGGCAAACACUAUUUUGGUUAUGUUUGGAUGUGCUGAAAUGUUCCUGAUUCUCUUGCAGAACAGCGGGGUAAACGUCUCGCUCACAGCGCUGCAUAUCAUCCACGCUGUGUCGUGCUUACGGAUUCUGCGAUGUUUCCGUGUGCUGAGACGGUUUCAAGGCCCCAAACUCCUCCUGACGGCCUGCAACAGCUUCCUUCAUUCCUUGUUUUGGGCCAUGGUAUUUCUUUCAUUGUUCAUGUCUACCAGCGCGCUGUUUAUUGGCAACCUGCUGCUGAAGUACUUCGUUGACACGCGGAGCAUGGCAGAUAGGUUGUGGGUGUGGGAAAGAUAUGGUACGUCCUUCCGUGCCAUCUACACGCUCUAUGAGAUUACCUUUAGCGGAAGCUGGCCGUCUCUCACACACCCUGUGAUCGACAAGGUUCAUGCUGCCAUGGUGAUUUUCUUUGUAGCGUACAUUACAGUGGUCGCAUUCGGCCUGAUUCGAGUGAUCACGGCAGUGUUUUUAAAAGCCACUUUAGACGCUGCCGCGGACGAUGCCGAGCAUUUGAUGACCGAGAGAUUGGUUAAGAAGGAGCAAUAUGCCCGAAAGUUGGAAGCCAUCUUCGGUGCCAUCGAUGAGGAAGGCGACGGCCAAAUCACCGAGGAACGCUUGGUGGAGGCCUUGGAGAGACCGCUGGUCAGAACUUAUUUCCAAACGUCCUUAGACUUGGACGUUCAUGAAAGCAAAGCUCUCUUCCACAUCUUGGAUGAUGGAGAUGGCACGGUGACCCUAGAGGAGUUCAUUGAUGGAAUGCUGCGCUGCAAAGGCAAUGCGAGAGCAAUUGACCAGGUCGCCACUCAAAGAGAGAUCAAGCACCUGGACCGAAAGAUGAGCAGACUGCUGAUGGUCAUGGAGUCAACCACGGCUUCGGAGAGAAUCAAUCGUCCUGUGGCAUGAUCGCGCGAGCAGCGGUGAAGAUAUUGGAAGGCUGGCCAGGCGGCAGCUCCAAACAUAUCCGGAGAUGGCAACGAUCCAAGACCCCAAAGUUGGGCAGAAUGCAUGGCAUCUGGUGUCUUCUUUCGUUGAGAGAAAUAUUUGGGGUUCAUCCUUCCCAUACUUCUUGCAAUUUGAUCGCGGAAUCAGGUGCCCACAUCCUUCGCCGAAGGCGAUAAAGUUGCUCUUUCAAAGAUGUACUGCGCAGAACUGCAGAGUGUACAAUUCUGUACAUAAGGACUAGGAAACCUCAGUCCAAUCUGCACGAAAAAGAUGUGCCCGUUUUCG